CGGGAGCUGCAAAGCGACGCAGCCCUCGGCGCAGUCGUCACUCGCGUCUGGGUACCAGGUCCCCGCUGCCCUGCGCGCGGCGGGCUGGCAUCGGGCCCGGGGGAGCGGAGCAGGUCUUCUCCUAGGCCCACAGUAGGGCUGUUUGCCACUGGAAGCAAAGGAAAGGGGGAUGCUGACCUGGAGCCAUGGAGAUCUGCCCGCAGGCCUUCUGCAGGGUUUGAGAUCACUGGAAGCAAAGAAAUAAGGAGGAAAUUGCCCCUGAUCAGUAUAGCCUGGUCCACAGAUCUCAUGAGUUCAUAGAUCCACUUUAGGGUGUGUCACCAAUCAAGAGAAGGAAAGGAGGGAACUGCCUUGGACCAUUCCAGGUCCACCUCCAGUGGCGGCUGUAGUGGCCUUUGAGUGACUGAAGACCCGCGCCCUCACAGGCCUACACCCAGACCUACCACCCUCUUUCCCCAGCCUGAUUGGGCUCCCCUCCCCCACACCCAUACCUUGUUCGUGCCUUCAGCAGGGGUGAUUACAUGGGUCGCGUUCAGGAAGUGGGCUGGGCAACUGCAGGACUGGUGAUCUGGGCUGGUACCUGCUACUAUAUUUACAAACUAACCAAGGAAAGAGUCCAGAGUGUGAGGAGGCUUGGCAGACAUGGGUCCAGAGGCAAGAUGGAGAGUGUGGUUGGGGUACAGAACCAGACCUUGGCCAUGAGUGAAGUCAUGGCUGGAACAGCGAUUGAAACUAAGCCCAAGGCUGAGACUGGAGCAGAAACUGGAGCAGGAAAUGGGACUGGGGCUGAAGUAGAGACUAAGGCCGCGGCUAGAGCCAGACCCAAAGCCAACUCUCAGGAUAAGACGAUGGCUGGGACAGAGGCAGGGACCCAAUCUGCAGUCCAAACAGUGGCUGGGACAGUGGUCGUGACAGAGGGAGUGGCUCUGAGUGACACCGAGGACGAAACCAGGGAAAUGCCUGUGAAAGAGGCAGUGACCCAAACUGACUCUGAGGCUGGGAGAGUAGUCAAGAAAGAAGCAGUGACCCAGACCAAGGCUAAAACUUGGGCACCGGUUGCCCAGGCAGACACCAAGAAAGAAGCAAUGACCCAGACCAAAGCAGAAGCUCGUAUGUUGGCUGAAAAAGAGACAGAAAUUAACAGAGUAAUGGUGACGCAGAGUGAGGCCUUGGCAGUGACCAAGGAAGUGGCCAAGAUGGGUGCCAUAAACAAGACUGGAAUUGUUGCAGAGACCAAGGCAAGAGCCCUGGAAGAGACUGUGAGUGUGGCCAAGAUUCCAUCUGAGUCCAGGCCUGGUACCUCAGUUGAUGUUAAGGGAAGUGAUAAUACCACAUCCAGAGCAGAAACUGGAGUGGACAUGAAAUCCUGUGCACAGUCUCAGGCUGUGACCAAGGCCCAGGUUGACGACAUGCCUGGUACUGGAGUUGAGGGCAGGCGGGGUCGCAAAACUAUGUCUAAGGCAGGGUCUGGGGUAGAUGUGAAUGCAUCUACCCAGCCUCAGGUUGUAGCCAAGGCCCAGGCUGAGACCACGACUGGGGCAAAAGUUGAUGCUGGGGGUAAUACCAAUGCCAUGUGUAAGACAAGGGCAGGGCCCGAGAUGAGAGCUGCUACACAAUCUCAGACUGUGGUCAAGAAACAGGCUGAGGCAACGCCCGGUGCCAAGGCUGAUGACAGGGAAAAUACCAGUGUGAUAUCUAGAGCAAUGACUGGAGUUGACAUAAGGGCCACUGUUCAACCUCAAACUGUUGCCAGUCCUCAGGCUGAGGCUAUUCCUGAUGCCAAGGUUAAAGGUAGAGGCAAUUCCAAUGCCAUCUCUAAAGCAGGGGCCAAGGCAAACUUGAGGACUGAUUCCCAGCCUGAGGCUUUGCCUGAAGCUAAGGUUAAGACCAAAGGUGAUUCCAUUGCCAUGUCUAAGGCAGGGACUGAGACAGACAGGUUGUCCUAUGUACAGUCUCAGCCUAUGGCCACUGUCCAGGCUGAUGCCUUGCCUGAUGGCAGGGUUAAGGCCAAGGAUAAUGCCAGUACCAUGUCUCAGGAAGGGGCUGGGAUAGACAUGAAGGUACAGUCUCAGGCUUCUGUCAAGAGCCCCGCUGAGGCCUUGCCGAGUAAAAGAGGUAAGGCUAGGGGUAAAGCCAAAGCCAAGAGUAAAGCAGAGCUUGGGACAGACGUGAAGACCUGUAUACAAGCUCAGGCUGGGAUCAAGCCCCAAGUUGAUGCCUUGCCUGAUUCCAGGGUGGAUGACAAAGGUGAUACUAAUGCCAUUUCCAGGGCAGGGACUAAGGCAGAACUGAAGACUUGUGGUCAGCAUCAGGCUGUUGCCAAGGGUGAGACCUUGUCUGGUGGCAAGAAAAAGGUCAGGAACAAUUCCAAUGCUGUGUCUAAUUUAGAGGCUGGGGCAGACACAACAGACUCUGCCCAGCCCCAAGCUGUGUCUAAUUCACAAGGUGAAGCCUUGCCUGGUGGCAAGAAUAAGGCCAAGGGUAAUCCCAAUGUUGUGUCUCAGGCAGGGCCAGGGGCAGAUGCAGCAGACUCUGCCCAGCCCCAGGCUAUAGUCAUUUCACAAGGUGAAGCCUUGCCUGGCAGCAAGAAUAAGGUCAGGAAUAAUUCCAAUGCUGUGUCUAAGGAAGAGGCUGGGGCAGAUACAACGGGGUCUGCCCAGCCCCAGACUGUGUCUUAUUUACAAGGUGAAGUGUUGCCUGGUGGCAAGAAUAAGGUCAGGGGCAAUGCCAAUGCUGCGUCUAAGGCAGGGGUUGGGGCAGAUCCGAUGGGCUCUGCCCAGCCACAGGCUGUGACCACUUCCCACAGCGAAGCCUUGCCUGGUGGCAAGAAAAAGGUCAGGGGCAGUGCCAGUGCUGUGUCUAAGGCAGGCACCGGAGCAGAUACAACAGGCUCCGCCCCGUCUCAGGCUGUGGCCAACUCACAGAGUAAGGCCUUGCCUGGUAACAAGAAGAAGGUGAGGGGCAAUCCCAAUGCUGUAUCCAAAACAGGGACUGGGCCAGAUACAGUGGACUCUGCCCAGCCCCAGGCUGUGGCCAAUUUCCAGGGUGAGGCCUUACCUGGUGCCAAGAGUAAGGGCAGGGGCAAUCCCAAUGCUUUAUCGAAGGCAGAGGCUGGGGCUGACACAACAGGUUCUGCCCAAUCUCAGGCUGUGGCCAACUCACAGAGUAAGGCCUUACCUGGGUCCAAAAAUAAGGCGAAGGGCAAUUCCAAUGCUGUGUCUAAAGCAGCGACUGGGUCAGAUACAUUGCAUUCUGUCCAGCCCCAAAGAGAUACGACAGUUUCUGUUCAGCCCCAGGCUGUGGCCAACUCUCAGGAGGAGGUCUUGCCUGGCACCAGGAAUAAGGGCAGGGGCAAUUCCAAUUCUGUGUCGAAGGUAGGGGCUGGGGCAGACGCAAUAGGCUCUGCCCAGCCCCAGGCUGCAUCUAAUAUUCCAAGUGAAGGUGAAGGCUUGUCUGGUGCCAAGAAUAAGGUCAGGGGCAAUGCCAAUGCUGUGUCUAAGGCAGCAGUUGGGGCAGAUACAGUAGGCUCUGCACAGUCCCAAGCUGUGUCUAACCCACAAGUUGAAGGCUUGUCUGGUGCCAAGAAGAAAGGCAGGGGCAAUCCCAAUGCUGUGUCUAGGCCAGGGACUGGGUCAUGUCCAUUGUUUUCUGCCCAGCCCCAAACAGCUACGACAAGCCCUGCUCAGCCCCACACUGUGGACAGCUCUCAAGGUGAGACCUUGCCUGCUGGCAAGAAUAAGGUCAAGGAAAAUUCAAAUGCUGUGUCUAAGGUAAAGGCUGGAGCAGAUACAGCAGGCUCUGCCCAGCCCCAAACUGUGUCUAACUCACACAGCGAAUCCUCGUCUGGUGCCAGGAGUAAGGUCAGGGGCAAUCCCAAUGUUGUCUCUAAGGCAGGGACUGGGCCAGAUUCAACAAACUCUGCCCAGCCCCAGGCUGUGGCCAAUCCCCAGGGUGAGGCUUUGCCUAGUAAGAACAAGGUCAGAGGCAAUCCCAAUAUUGUGUCUAAAACAGAGACUGGGACAGAUACAAUAGGCUCUGCCCUACCCCAGGCGGUGGCCAAUUCCCAGGGUGAGGCCUCGCUUGGUGCCAAGAAUAAGGUCAGGAGCAAUCCCAAUUCUGUGUCUAAGGUAAAGGCUGGGGCAGAUAUUGCAGGCUCUGCCCAGCCCCAACCUGUGUCUAAUUCACAAGGCGAAUCCUCGUCUGGUGCCAGGAGCAAGGUCAGGGGCAAUCCCAAUGUUGUGUCUAAGGCAGGGACUGGGUCAGAUCCAACAGACUCUGCCCAGCCUCAGGCCAUGGCCGGUUCUCACUGUGAGGCCUUGCUUGGUGCCAGGAGUAAGGUCAGGAACAAGCCCAAUGCUGAGCCCAAGGCAGGGACCAUGGUUUCUGGCCAGCUUCAGUCCACUGCCGAUUCCCAGAGUAAGACCUUGCCUGAAGCAAAAGACAAGGCUGUACCCAAGUCUGAGGCAGAAGCCACAGGAGAAAGUGAGCUCUAUGCAAAUUCAGAGACCACGGCCAUGCCCACUUCUGAGAAUGAGAGUGGGACAGGCGCUGAGGCCUGCAGAAAGAUGCAGCCCAAGAUCCAUGAUUAUUACUGGAGUGAGAUUGGUGUUGAGGACUGGAUUGCUUCUGAGCGAUGGAUCAAAUUUAGAUUUCAGGCCAGGGAUGGUUAUUGGGAGAAUAGCAUGUCUUGGGCUGAUGAUGAGAAUGAAGUCAAUAUUGGAUCUUGGGGUGGGGCUUUUGAUGAUGCUGCCAUGAAGGCCUGGCCUGGGACAAGGGCUGAGAGUGAGGUUGGUAUUGGCUCUUGGACUGGAGUUGGUGAACAAGCCAGUGGAGGGCUUUGGGCUGGGAGUCAGGCUACUGAAGCAUUCUGGGCUGGCAGUCAGGCCAGUGGGGGUUCCUGGGCAGUGACUGAGGGCAAGGCCAUUGGAGGGUCUUGGAUUGGGGCUGAGAACCAGUCCAUUGGGGGCUCUUGGGUUGGCACGGAAAACCAGGCUAUUGGGGAAUCUUGGGCUGGCAGCCAGGCCAGUGGAGGGCUCUGGGCUGGAAGUCAGGCCAAUGAGGCAUCCUGGGCUGGGGCCCAGGCCAGUGGGGUGUCUUGGGUUGGGACAGGAGCCAUUGGAGGGUCCUGGACCAUGGCUGAGCAGCAGGCCAGUGGAAGCACCCAGGAUGGGGCCGGGAUUCAAGCUAACACAGGUUCCUGGACUGAGGCUAAGGCUGGGAGUGUGGCUACUAUUGGGUACUGGGUUGGGACUGUGGACCAAACUAGUGGGGGAUCCUGGGUUGGGACUGCUAAUCCAUCUGGUGGUGUUGCCAAGCCUAGCUUUGAGGGGCAGGCCAGUGAAAAUGUUUCUUGGACUACAACUGGUGGCCAGGCUAGUGGAGGGUCCACGCUGGGGCCCCAGGACCAGAUCAGUGUUAGCUCCUGGCCUAACAGUGUGGACCAAGCUAGUGGAGCAUCCAUGCUGGGGACUGUGGUCCAGACCAGUGGUGGGACAUGGGUUAGGACUGGGGAACAGGCUGUUGCAGGAGCCAGGUCAGGCUUUGUGGACCAGGCCAGUGUUGGAUCCUGGCCUGGCACUGUGAGUCAGGUCAGCGGAGGAUUUGUUGUUGAGGCUAUCAGCCAGGUCAGUGAGGGUUCCUGGACUGGGACUAGUGAUCAACCUGGUGGUGGGUCCAUGCCUAGAGCGGAGGACCAGGUCAGUGGAGAAGGGUCUUUGCCUAGCAUUGGUGGCCAAGCUGGUGGAGUGUCCCAGUCAGGGCCUGAGGACCAAUCCAGUGGGAGGUCCUGGGCUGAUUCUGGGGACCAGGCUAGUGGAGGGUUCUUGGUUGUAGCUGUGAACCAGGCCAGUGGAGCGUCCUGGGCUGGACCUGGAGAUCAUGUCGGUGGUGGAGCAGAGCAUAAAUUUGAGGAUCAGACCAGCGGACGAGAGUCCUGGGCUGCCAGUGGGGACCAAGCUGGUGGAGGAUCUAGGCUGGGACCUGGAGACCAGCCCAUGGGAAAUUUGUGGUCUGGCACUGGGGACCAGGCCAGUGGAGGAUCUAGGUCAGGGCCCGAGGACCAGUCCAGUGAAUGGUUCAGUGCUUGCAGUGGGAGUCAGACAAGUGGUAGCGUGUCUUGGGCUGGUGCUAGUAGCCAGGUUAUUGAAGGAUCUGUGUUAGGGGUUGUGAACCAAUCCAGUGGAGUGUCCUGGGCUGGGGCUGGGGAUCCAGCUGGUAGCUGUCACACAUCUGGGUUUGAAGUUCAGGCCAGUGGAGGAGGGUUCUGGCCUGGUACUGAGGACCAAGCUGGUGGAGAGUCCAGGCUGGGGCCAGAGGACCAGUCCAGUGGAGGAAAUUCCUGGGAUGAGACUGGUGGCCAGGCUGUUAGUGGGCCUAGUCCAGGAUCUGCAGACCAGUCCAGUGGUGGGUCCUGGGCUGACCCUGGGAGUCAAGCCUGUGGAACUUCCUGGAGUGGGGCUGGAAAUCAGGCCAUUAGCUGUUCCAAACCUGAAUUUGAGGAGCAGGCCAGUGGAGGAGGCUCUCAGGCUGGCAUUGAGGAUCAAGCUGGUGGAAAGUCCUGGGCUGAGCCUAUGCCUGGGAAUGAGGCCAGUAGCGGGUCUGGAUUGGAAUCUGAGGACCCUGCAAGUGGAGGGUCCUGGGCUAGGACUGGGGACCAGGCCAAUGGAAGGUCCCAUGCUGGUACUGAGAUGGAGGCCAAAGAUGGAUCCUGGUUUGGGGCUGGGUGUGAGCCUAGUGCAGAGUCCUGGUCCUGGAAAAGGGAAGAGACCUGUAUUGUGUCCAGGUCUGGAGGUCAAAAUGAGGCCAGUAUUGAAUCCCGUUCAGGGGUUGGGGAAGGGACUGUCAUUUGUUCCAGAUUUGGGGCUGAAGACAAGGCCAAUAUUGGAUCCUGGAUCAGAUCUGAAGAGGCAGCCUAUGUGGAUUCCUGUGUGGGAGCAGAGGCUGGGGCUGGGGCUGAGGUCAGGAAGGAGUCUUGGCUCUGGGAUGGAGAUGCAGCCACUACAGGGUCUCGACUUGGACCUGAGAAAGAAGCUGACAUGGGGCUGUGGACUUUGGCAGAAGAAGAAGAUGAUGAUGAGCUAAGUAGAGUGUCCAGCCCUGAUAUUGAGGAGAUCAGUUUAAGGUCUUUGUUUUGGGCUGACACUGAGAACAGUAAUGAGUUCAGAUCCAAGAGUGAGAAAGAUGUCAACUUUGAAUAUGGGGCCAGAGAUAAAGCCAGCAACAAGGAUAAGCUUGAGGCUGCUGGUGGAGUUGAUAUAAAAUCUUGGUUCUGGGAUGGUGAAAACAAAAGUGAGGACAAUUCUGCACCUAAAACUAAGCCACCAGGGACAUACCCUUCCAUGGUUCCUGGGGCAGGGAUGGGGUCAUGGGCAGGAGCCAUGUUCUGGACAGAAAUGAAAUUACCAUACCAAAAUCAGUCCUGCUAUCCACCUGAAGAUGAGUUCAGAAAGCAGAUCAGGCCCGAGGAGAAAACUCAGUCCUUGCCCUGCCGCUGCAAACGUGAAGCUAAUAUGGAUCCAAGAGAACUUGAAAAACUCAUUUGCAUGAUUGAAAUGACUGAAGAUCCUUCUGUUCAUGAAAUAGCCAAUAAUGCUUUAUAUAAUAGUCCUGAUUGUCCGCUUUCCCAUGAAGUCAUUCGCAAUGCAGGUAGGCUCUCAAUUAUUGAAAGUUUGCUCAGUAAUCCCUAUCCCAGUGUUAGGCAGAAAGCUUUAAAUGCGCUGAACAAUAUCUCGGUGGCUGCUGAAAAUCAUAGGCAGGUUAAAACAUACUUAAACCAAGUAUGUGAAGAUACUGUCACCUACCCCUUGAAUUCAAAUGUGCAGCUGGCUGGGCUAAGACUGAUAAAACACCUGACAAUUAUUAGUGAAUACCAGCAUAUGGUUACGAACUAUAUUUCAGAAUUUCUCCGUUUGUUAACUGUGGGAAGUGUAGAAAUUAAAGACCAUGUAUUAGGAAUGCUUUUAAAUUUCUCUAAAAAUCCAUCUAUGACCAAAGACUUGCUCAUUGCCAGUGCACCAACCACACUGAUCAAUAUCUUUAACAAGAAAGAGACAAAAGAGAAUAUUCUUAAUGCUCUCUCACUAUUUGAAAAUAUAAAUUACCAUUUUAAAAGAAGAGCAAAAGUAUUCACCCAGGACAAGUUCAGUAAAAAUUCCCUUUAUUUCGUAUUUCACCGGCCUAAAGCAUGUGCCAAGAAACUUCGAGUCUUAGCAGCAGAAUACAAUGACCCUGAGGUGAAAGAAAAAGUUGAGCUAUUAUUAAGUAAGCUCUGAGUAGCCGUACGUUUCCAAACAACCUGGUUUUGCAGUCUGAAAGUAAUGCACAUUGUAAAUUGCAUUAUAACUUCAAAACUAAUGUUACCUACAAUGGUCUAUAACUAGACCAUUUUAUAAACACCAAAUGAAUUCAAGUUUGUACUGAAAAUAUGUGUGUUGACUUUUACCUUGUCUGGAUUGAGAUAUUUUUAGUAUGCUUCAUGAGCAGAAACUGAACCGAUUCUUCAUAAGUAAAGGUAAUCUUUGGUCCUUUGUGUGGACUUAUGCUUAUACAUAUGAUACUUUAUUUUUUGUCAUCAAUAAAGUUGUGUGUUUUAAGCAGAAAAAAAAAAGACCUAUCUUUCUCCUUGAGUUUAUGAUGCAUUUAGAAAGGCAAGGUGUUUGGAAACAGAAAGAUACUAACAACACCGGAGCCCCUGAUCAUGGCCACCUUUUCUCAUCAGUGCAGAGACCGCCACUGGCACGGUGCUCAGGGCAAGUUUUAUGGAGGAGGCAGAAGCUUCAAGAAGCUGGGCACGAAGGGUGGGGUAAAAACAGGGCAGAAGGACAUUAGAGGAGGGAGGAGUGAUGAAAAGAAAGGCAUGGAGGGGGGGCUCCUGCUCCAGACAGGAGGCUGGCCUGCCUGGAGUACACAGUGUGGGGAGGGGAGUGAUGGGAAGAUAGUCCAGCAGUUGGGACCAGACUGAGUCCUGGAGAACUGCUCCCCACCACUGCUAAACCGAGGUGUCCUAAUGUUACUCCGCCCACCCCUGGGAGACACCAGAGUCUGUCUGUCUUGACCAGAGGAAUGAUAGGAUGCUAGGAAAGUUGUGGCUGAUGUGUGAGCAGGAUGGGUUGAGUUGGGGUGGAGAGAGGAGUGCCCCCUGGAGCCUGGAAAACCAGUCAGGAAGAUACAGCACAGUUCAGGCAGGAGAUGACAAAGGAGUGAGAUGUCACUGCUGGGUGGCCUGGGAAUGGUGAGGGGAAGUGGAAAGUGCCAGAACCUUGAAUCAAGAAGUGCUGGAACCUAUUCUGGGCACAUACAGAGAGGGACAUUUUUAUGUUAGGAUCCUGGGGGCAGCUGAUAGGAAAACAUCCUUUCUUGGCCAAUGGAAGUGGUGGUGGCCAUGUAAGUGAAUAUGUUAGUUACUACUUUGACGUCAGAAGAAGAUAGAACAGAAGAAGAAUACUUUUUAGUGCUGCUAUGAGAUUUCUUUUGCAAGGGUGGUUAGGGUAGGGCCUUGAGGGAGUCAUAGAGAGAGCUGUUGGUGUACAUCUUGGAGAAGAUACACCCCUCUCCUACCCAGAGUGCGGAUGAGGGUGCGGGGAGAGGAGCAUUGUCUGGGGUCCUGGUGGGAGCGCACAUUGGUACGAGGUCCCUUUGGACACAUUCCAGAAACUGUCAAGAGGUGCACGCACUUUGAUCAGGUAAUUCCACUUGUCGAAAUUUAUCCUUAGGAAAUAGUUGGCUUGCAUAAAGCUGUGCAUGUCUGCACCAUUUUGAAGAGUGAAAAUGUGAAUGACCCAAGUGUCUCAAAAAAAGGCAAACUAAGGUAUAUCUGCACACUGAGGCAUUGUGCAGCCUUUGAAAACAUUGGUGAGCAUCUACUUUUACUUACAUGGAAAAAAAUGCAGCAUAUAAUCUUAAGUGGGGUAAAAUAGGUUGCAAAAAAUGCAAUGCUUUUUAUAAAGAAAAGGCAUAUACUUAAAUGAUCUGUAUAUAAAACUUGAGCAUAUACUCAAAAUGUUAACCGUUCUCUAUGGGUGUAAUUGCUAGAUAGAUUAAUAGAUGGUUUAUAGUUUUGUUUUUUACUCACCUGUAUUUUAUGUCUUUUAUAUUGUGAACCAGGAUUUUUGUAUAAUUUGCCGAAAGGAAACAGUUGGAUUCAGGCUAGGCUGGCCUCUUAAUAGCCUUUCAGGGCCUACCGCAAACGUUUAAGUGGAGGAUUUCCUAUUUAUGUCUUAAUACUUGGAAAAUAUUCAUUAAAAAU